UUUCAAUGGAAAAUGGCGACGUAUUGAUUCAGUGGUGUCUGGCGAAGUUGGUCAAAUAGUUUCAGGAUUUAAUCGAUUGGCGCAAGUUGUUCCGGUGAUUUUCGCGUUCACGAAGAGCAAACCUUAGCGGACAUCUACCAAAACAAAAGUAGAUUACCAAAGUCCGUUUGAAAAACCUUCUGACUCUGUCUGUCUGUAUGUGAAGUCGUCACAUCUAAAUCGACAAUCUUUGUCCCGUGUAACCAAGUCUCUUCCAAAAAUCAAAACAGCAAGAUUUAAGAAGCGAAUUGCAAAAAAGAUCAGCUCUCCUGUCGUAUGGCUUCUCUUGGAGGAGGCCGACUUGGUGGCGGACGGCGUAGUCCGUCCCCGCGAGGCGGUUCCAGUAAACUGCGUAUGGACCGGAAGCCUGGACACGUUCGAAUCAAUGAUCCCAGUUUGCCGGCUGGAAAACGUAAGGAAAUCGAUAACGUUAUGCGGAAGGCACGAGCUUUCCCCAACCAAACUUGGGAUAAGAAGCUGUUAGAAGUGGAAGAAAAGGAUCCCAACCGCUGGCGUCAUACCGGAUUCAAGAAAAUGUACAUAGAAGAAGAUCCGAGCAGCUCGGACAGCGAACGAGGCGGAGGAGUUACUCGUUUCGGAAAUGGUCCUCCGUCGCGCCGUAGUCGUAGUCGUAGUCGAUCGCCGCGUUCUCCUCCGCCUCGCCAACGGCGCAGUCCAUCGCCACCGAUGCGCAAACGUCGCCCACCGGUGUCUCCCUCACCGCCACCAGCUAUGAGGCGCAGGCCGUCUUCAAUGUCCCCGUCGCCCCCGGUGAUGGGCCUCAAACGGCGACCACGUUCGCCGCCACCACGCAUGCUUCGCCGUCCGUCGCCACCCGAAUUUCACCGUAAGUCACCACCCCGGUCGACGUCUGGCUCCCCAGGUCGUCGGGGACCACCAAUGCGCCGGAUGUCACCGGUUCCGGCACCCAGAAUGCGUGCCAAACGACCACCAUCACCGCCACCCAAGAUGAGGCGUUCCCAUUCAAUGUCCAGUGGUUCCGAGGAUUCCUGCUCCGGAUGUUCUAUGGAUGAAAGACAUCGUCGUCGGUCUCGAUCUCGUUCGUUGUCCGGUCCGCGUCCGCGCAUGCGUGUCAUUUCGCCGCCGCCCGGGGCACACAUUCCGACGAAAAGCCGCCGUGACGGUCCGGGAUUGCGUCCGAUGAGUCCGCCGCCUAGCGACCCGCGUCGCAAGGAACCGAUGCCAAAGGUACACCGCAUGGACAAGGAUCCGAGGGAGCGAAUUUCCAGACCGAUUCCCCCUCCUCCGGCACAGGAACGUAUUCGUCGACCGCAAACACCCAGCUCCGAUAAGCUUCCAUCGCCGAAACAGGUUCGCGUUCCGAAACAUAAAGUGGUACCGGAAGAUCCUCGUCCGGUGAAGGUUCGGCAGCCGAAACCGCCCCCGCCAGAAGCUCCGGCUCCGAGCAAAAAACACAAGGAUAAAACCGAGAAGCUUCGUGCACGAGUUAAAAUCGAAGGCGAACCGAAACAGCGUCGUCCACGAUCUCCGUCGUCCGGUUCCGAGGAGUCUUCCAGCAGCGAAAGUUCUCUGCCACGGUUUACGGCCACCACUCGGCUAACGCUGUCGGAGAGGUUCGGUAAAAUGGCACAAUGGAGCGUCGAUCGGAGUAAUAUGGAAAACAUGCGCAUCACCAAGAACAGCUCCGGUGGGGAUCUGAAAGUGAUGAUCGAGGAAGAAAUGGAAGCGCCCCCUCCGGUUCGUUACACCUAUUCGCCGGCACCGGCUGGUCAUUUCCCCGAAGAACUCAUGACAACCGGACCGAGUGGGUUGUCCUCGUGGGAUGACGUCCGCGUACGGUACGAAUAUUACAAGAGCCGUGGCUAUUUGAGGGAUUUGGAUUUGGAGGAUUACAUCAAAUGGGAAGAAUGGUGGUACAAAUAUCAAGAGUGGCUGAAGCAGGAACGCUACUACGAGCUAUGGGAACGGUCGCAGAUGCGACGCCGUAAAAAAGUUCCCAUCUCCCAGCGACUAAAUUAAAUGCCUAACCCAUCUAGCUGGAGAACAGAAACAUAUUUAAAAGAGGAAAAUUUUAGUACCACAUUGAUGUUAUAAGCUUACCGCAAUCAUUGCCAAAUGUUGCAAAAUGGCAAUUUAGUUUAUAAUUUCAUGAUUAGAACAUACAUGUGCAUUCUCGAAAGAUGAACGAGAAGGUGUUCGCUAGAAACUAAAGCGAGAUUAAUUACAGCGUAUUAUAUUUAUGUUUUAUUAAUGAUCACGAUUAAAAUGUGACCAGAAAAGCAUCAGCACAUCAUCUCCCCUGUAGCCGGAUGUCUACCAGAAAUGUGUGUUUCUCAUCUAAAGUUUACAACCUAAUAGUAAUGGUAAGUACGUUUUUGUUUUCUUGAAAUGUAUUCACGUACAUCAACUUUAGUAUAUACCCUGUACUUAUCUGCUAUUUUAGGAAUCCACACUAAACAGUAAGAAAAUAAAUGUAUAAAAUAUCUAAA